GGACUCCGGGCAGAGGCACAUCGGGCUGGACUCUGGGCAGAGGCACAUUGGGCAGGACUCCGGGCACAGCGGGCACACCGGGCAGGGGCACACUGGGCAGAGGCACAUCGGGCAGAGGCACACCGGGCAGAGGCACACUGGGCAGAGGCACUCUGGGCAGAGGCACAUCGGGCUGGACUUCGGGCAGAGGCACAUCGGGCUGGACUCCGGGCAGAGGCACAUCGGGCUGGACUCCGGGCAGAGGCACAUCGGGCUGGACUCCGGGCAGAGGCACAUCGGGCUGGACUCCGAGCAGAGGCACAUCGGGCUGGACUCCGAGCAGAGGCACAUCGGGCUGGACUCCGGGCAGAGGCACAUCGGGCGGAGCAGCAGGCACCGGGCCACCAAGCGGAGCGGCAGGCACCGGGCCACCAGGCGGAGCAGCAGGCACCGGGCACCAGGCGGGGCGACAGGCACCGGGCCCCCAGGCGGGGCGACAGGCACCGGGCCCUCAGGCGGGGCGACAGGCACCGGGCCCCCAGGCGGGGCGGCAGGCACCAACGGGCACCGCGUCAUCUGGCAAGGCAGUGGGCACCGGGUCACCAGGCA